AUGCUUUCAAUCAAUAUCCCAAAACAUACCACACCGAACGAAUACGAGCUAAGCGAAGUCCCCUGUCUAACCAUCGAAAACCCCACCGACAUCUUAAUAAAAGUCCACGCCGCGAGCAUAAACCCGAUUGACGUGAAAAAGGCCUCGGGUAUAACCAAAGCUGUUCUCAAGGAUACCUUCCCGUAUAAAAUCGGCUAUGACUGCGCAGGAACGGUUCUAGAGACCGGUUCCCAGGUAACCCGUUUCAAAGCCGGCGAUGAGGUCUUUGUUCGGUUACCGGAAUGUCACCGCGGCUCGUGGAGUGAGAUUGCAAGGUCAACUGAAGAAUUCGUCGCGUUGAAGCCGGACGGUCUUUCUAUGGUGGAUGCUGCUUCGAUUCCACUUGCGGCUAUGACGGCUUUGCAGUCACUUAGGGGGUUUGAGGGGGAUCUUGAGGGGAAGACUGUUUUUAUUCCUGCUGGAUUGGGUGGAACUGGUCUAUUCGCUUGCCAACUAGCUAAGAAUAUUUUCAAAGCCGGCAAGGUAAUUACGACCGUCUCCACGGCCAAAGUCCCCAAGGUGAAAGAACUUUUAGGGGAGGGUGUUGUCGACGAAAGUAAGUACCCAGACAAACUCGAUACCUACCCCGGGUGGACUUUCCAGAAAACUCACAUAUUCCCCAUUGCAGUCAUCGACUACAGAAAAUCAGAUCCCAAAGAGGUCAUCCCUAAACAAUCGAUCGACUUCAUCUUCGACACUACCGGCAGCGCAAUGGAGUAUCUAUCCUUAAUGCGACCAAAGGGUGCCAUAAUCACAGUAUCAAUUCUAACCUCAGGAGACGUUCUGCAAAAUUCAAGCGUUAUGCGCCGAUCACCAGAUAAGGCGGACAAAGCUACGGUUCCCUUCCCCAUUCGUAUUGCUUUGAAUGUCAUGGAUCGGAUUCGAGUGAUGCGUGCGUCUAGGUAUGGGGUUAAGUACGCAUCUAUCUUUCUGGAACCCAAUGCGAGUGAUCUGGAUUUGAUUCGGGGGUGGGUGGAGGAGGGGAAGUUGAAGACUGUUGUUGGGACGAGGGCGGAUGCUAAGGAUAUUAAUGCGGUUCGGGAGGCUUGUCAGGUUGUUUUUGAUGGGAAGGGUGGGGUUGGGAAGUCUGUUAUUGUGUUUUGA